AUGUUCUUUCAAGAACCGGUCAUUUUUGAGAGAGUUGACUAUUCGAUGAGCAAUUACUUCCCGCGAUUCGAAGACUCUUGCUGUGAAUUCCCGUGGGCGAUGAGCCCGUCAAAUACUUCCGAGCGACUCGACGACGAUUUUCGAUCGGAUAUCAAGAGCGAAGGUCUCAGCACUCCUCCAAUGUGCACCACGCCCGAUCUCGCCUACAGUAACCCGGUGCCAACAGCUUCAUUGGCCGACGCGGCCGCUUCACUUCAAAGUGCUUUCUGUAAACGACCGAUGCAAAGGAGCAGCCUGGAGGCCAAUUUUCAACCGACUCAAGUGAAACAAGAAGUUUUUGAAGUUGAAGCUCAUCGCUUAAACAACAACAAUGCUUAUCCAUAUGCGCACACAAUGCAGAACAUGGAACCAAUCGGAGAAGCGGCUGAAGGAGUCGAUUCUCAACAGAUUGACAUCUAUCGUGAUCUGAUCUUGAGACACUUGAUUCAAGAUAUCUCGACAACUUGUGCAAGGCUUGGCCUGCCUACAGAUGCCAGCCAUUGGACUGGUGAGCACAGCUGGAAAUGGAUUGGGGAAAUGUGCGAGCAGUUCAACCUUCCACUUCCUCAGAAAUCGACCGUCACCGGGCGAGCGCUUCUCCAAAUGAAUCAACGAGACUUUGAGAGUUUCGCUCCACAUGCCGGAGACACUCUCUAUGCUCAGCUUCAACUUUGGAAGACUGCUUUUGAAACCUACCAACAACACCAGAACAAUUCGUGCGGUGGAAGCUUUGGAAUGACAGCCGCUGAGAGCUCAGGGCCAAAAGAUUGGCCUUCAUCGUCGAAGAGCCAAGUCUCAAGGAACUUUCAGCUUUUCCCUGGAGUUGAGCAAAUGAGCGGAUUCUACAAUGAACCCAGUCCUGGAUCGAUUUGCGAUGAAGAACUUGAUGGUGUUUUGAACAUUGGACCGAUGUCGGCAAUGGGCGGAUCAAUGGGCGAAGGUCAGCAAAGUGGAUCGAUCCCUUUCCGUCCAUCGGGCACCGUUCAUCUAUGGCAUUUCAUUCGUGAGCUUCUCGAUCAACCAAAGCUUUACUCGCAUUGUGUUCGAUGGGUGGACCGGGAUGAAGGUACUUUCAAAAUCGAAUCCUCUCAUGCACUUGCCCGAAUCUGGGGCCAACGCAAGAAUCGCUCGCAAAUGAACUACGACAAAUUGUCGCGAAGUCUCCGCCAAUACUACAAGAAAGGGAUUAUUCAGAAACCCGAGAAGAAACAGCGUCUCGUUUACAAAUUCCUACCACCAUACAAUCUU